CUUUCUGACUGAACCAACAUGCCUAAAGGAAAGAAGGCCAAGGGGAAGAAGGUGGCACCUGCCCCUUCAGUGGCCAAGAAGCAUGAGGUCAAGAAGGUGGUGAACCCCCUGUUUGAGAAGAGGCCGAAGAACUUUGGCAUUGGUCAGGACAUCCAGCCGAAGCGGGAUCUGACCCGGUUCGUCAAGUGGCCACGGUAUGUACGCCUGCAGCGCCAGCGAUCCAUCCUGUACAAGCGCCUGAAGGUCCCUCCCGCAAUCAACCAGUUCACACAGGCUCUGGACCGUCAGACCGCUACCCAGCUGUUCAAGUUGGCCCACAAGUACAGGCCUGAGACCAAGCAGGAGAAGAAACGCAGGCUGCUGGCUCGUGCUGAACAGAAGGCAGCAGGCAAAGGAGAUGCCCCAACUAAAAGACCACCUGUCCUCCGUGCAGGUGUGAACACAGUGACAUCUCUUGUUGAGAGCAAGAAGGCUCAGCUGGUCGUGAUCGCCCACGAUGUGGACCCCAUUGAGCUGGUGGUGUACCUCCCUGCCCUGUGCCGUAAGAUGGGCGUCCCAUACUGCAUCAUCAAGGGCAAAGCCAGACUCGGCCGUCUGGUGCACAGAAAGACCUGCACCAGCGUCUGCUUCACACAGACCAACCCUGAGGACAGAGCUGCACUCGCUAAGCUGGUGGAGGCCAUCAAGACCAACUACAACGACAGAUAUGAGGAGAUCCGCCGUCACUGGGGAGGCAACAUCAUGGGUCCCAAGUCAACCGCUCGCAUCGCUAAGCUCGAGAAGGCAAAGGCCAAGGAGCUGGCCACCAAACUGGGUUAAAGCCCUACCACAGAUCUGUCUGUUUAUGUAAAAUAAAGAAACAACCUCAAACAAA